AUGCCGCCGACUCUCGAUCUUGCAAACACCUACUCACACGCAGACAUGAUCCUCUCAUCAAGGAACUCGCCUCGCAUUAGCUUGCGUAAGGCAGGCUCCUACAACGGAGAGAAAGGCCCCUUAUCCUCAACUUCGUCACGCUUCAGCUUCAACCACCUAGUCGCCUCUCCUCCUCCAUCUCCAAGUCUACCUGCUCUGGUGCCGAGACAUGGCAAGCCAGUACCAGCCCACAACUCUCGGAAAUACCUGCGUGGAUUGCUAUGGCUGUCCGGCGUUCUGGUGAUACUAUACUUCGGCGUUACCACAUUACGACUGCAUCAUCCCAUCGAGGCAGUAGGAUGGGCGGCCAACAGUGGGAAUCAGUAUGAGAUGGUGGGCGACACGGAACUGCCUGAUUUCCCCACGCCAGUGGUGGUGACGGACAAGCGUGGCCGAGCAAAAUGGACCGUCUCUAUUCCUCCGGAUCAUGAAUUCCCCUUGGAUCCCAAGCAGUAUGCGGAAAUCUGCUCGCAAAACAAGGAAGUCGCUACUCAUGUGGCCGAUUUACAUAGCCAUAAGCAUCGAGAACACGCAGCUCACUUCGGAUACUACCACGUAGACCCUAACUUUAUGGAUGUGGCCGAGGCAGAGGCUCAUGGACUCCUCCCCGGACCGAAGGCUAAGACGAGCAUGAAAGGGCAAGAUGGCUCCGUGAUUGGGGAUAGCACCGAUGAUGGGUUGAUCGUUGCCGAUGUCUGCGAGAAAUCCAUGACAUUCGUGUUAGAGACGCAUGAUGCCGGAUUGGGUAAGACCUUGAUGAUGUUGUGGACUGCUUAUGGCUUGGCAAAGAAGGAGGGAAGGGAGUUUUUCAUCGACGAUUCCAGAUGGGUAUACGGCAAAUUUACCAAAUUAUUCCAACCACCUCCCAUUCCAGGAUGCAGACCCCCUCCGCGUCACGAGAUGUUGCCAUGUCCGCGUCAUGCGCGCCAUCUUGCAGUCUCUGCUGCCAAUGCCGGCCACAUCUUUGGCGGCGCUUUCAACGAAGCCUUCGAGGAUGCCCGGAAGAUGGAGGUGUACCGGCAAAAGCCGAUUUUUAACCUUGCUCGCCAAGGCUACGAAGCACUAUUCAAUCUCUCCGGCGAGGACCAACAGUACGUCGAUAAACGUCUGGCUGAGCUAAAAUCCAAGACGAAACUUCCAACCACGGAGAACGGUCAUGGUAUAGUAAUCGGUGUCCAUGUCCGUCAUGGUGACCGUCAUCCUUUCGAAUUCCAAUAUAAAGACAGCUAUGUGCCACUUGAUCGUUACAGCGACAAGGCUCGUGAGCUACUCCACAAUGCCUACAAGGGCCAGAACAAGGAGGCCGAAGAGCACAGCUUGACGAUCGUCGCAUCCGAUGAUUCCGACGUCUACAGCGCCGAAGAAUUCGCCCAGGCAUCUCGCGCUCAGGAACAAAUCCGACUCGCAUCCAAGCAAUAUUCCAAAACACCAAAGCCCGUAGGCUCCAACGGGAUGAGGAAUUUCGUCGCCGAGAGCGUCGGUUGGGAAGGCGGUUUCUUCGCACGAAUGUUCUGGAGCCUCGGCAAACCCAGCAGUGUCCCCGUGACGGCCAUCGAGGCGCCCGAUACGAAAUUACCUCCUACGGAAGAAGCCCUGAGACUCAGGGAGUUGGUCGGACGGGCAUACUUGAUGGAUCUUGCCGUACUAGGACAGGCAAGCGACAAGGUUAUAUGCACCGUCAGCGCGAUGGGGUGCAGAUUACUAGCCGUCAUGAUGGGAUGGGAGAAGGCGAUUGAGAAGGACGGGUUUGUGAAUAUCGACGGGGAUUUUGAGUGGAGGCAUGUUUCUUGGUAG